AUGACCAAGGGAACAUACAGUUUUGGUCGUAGACACACCAAGUCUCACACCCUCUGCAGAAGAUGUGGCAACCGUUCGUUCCACAUCCAGAAGAAGACUUGCUCAGGUUGUGGAUACCCAUCAGCCAAGACCAGAUCUUACAACUGGAGUGUUAAGGCUAUCAGAAGAAAGACCACCGGUACUGGCAGAACCAGAUACCUGAAGGUCGUUCAGAAGAAGUUCAACAGCGGUUUCAAGGAGGCUUCAUUGGUUAAGGUCAAGAAGACUCCAGUCGCCAAGAAG